AUGUCAGGUGCUGAAGAACGUUUAAAAAUAUUAUUUACAGGAGGAGCUGGUGUGGGCAAGACUUUUCUAUUAAAGUUAUUACGAGACCAAAUUAAUAGGUGCUACGCAAAGGAUGCGGUUAAAGUCUGCUCACUAACAGGAGUUGCAGCUAGAUUAAUAAAUGGAGCUACGAUACACAGUACUUUAAAAUUGCCUGUACAGAAAGACGGUCGCAUAACAGGUAUGUCACCACUGUCCGGAAACUAUUUGCGAAUAAUGAGGCAACAAUGGCAUCAGACAGAAUUUUUGAUUAUCGACGAGAUUUCCAUGGUGUCUUAUCAAAUGUUAUGCAUGAUGGACGCUCGAUUAAGGCGAAUUAAGAACUGUGAAAAUAAGUUUUUUGGAGGAGUAAACGUAUUACUUUUCGGUGAUCUUUUACAACUGCCUCCUAUAAAACGAUCAGGAUCACCUGUUUUCAAACAGCCAGAACAUCUCCAACCAGCUACACAUCUCUGGCGUUUAUUCACGCUGUGUGAAUUAACUGAAAAUAUGCGUCAGCAAGGUGACCAGACUUUUAUUGAUAUUUUGAAUGCUUUGAGAGUCGGUGAGCUAACAACCCAACAUUUUAGUAUUUUAAUGGGAAGACUUCUUCAAGACACGAGUGAUGAGUUUGCAAUAGACAAAGCGUUAAGGGUAUACCCCACAAAUCAACAAGUUAACGACCACAACUCUGCUGUAUUGAAUUUGUACAGAAAUAAAUGCGAGACAAUUGACGUGCCCCACGGUUUUAUUUUAGUUUAG